UCUCAUCAAUUGACAAUUGAUUCGGGUUGAUGGAGCUAUCGAACAAGCAUUUGAAAGUGUUCGGCUCUUUUUUCCUCAUUUACGUUGAAGUUUUAACUCUUCUCUCAUGCUUCAACUUGCAGGGUCUUAAUUUGCUCGGUUUAGCAACCCCUGUAGUUACUGGAAAUGGCACAGAUCAUCAAGCUCUACUCGAGUUCAAAGCCAAGAUAACCGGUGAUCAGCUCAGUGUUAUGCAUUCCUGGAAUAGUUCCAUCCAUUUUUGCCAAUGGUAUGGUAUUACGUGCGGUUGCAGACACCGAAGAGUCACCAGGUUGGAAUUGCAAUUCCAAAAACUCACGGGAUCUCUAUCACCAAACAUUGGAAAUUUGAGCUUUCUCAGGGUGUUGGAUCUUGAAGGAAACAAUUUCAACAACAAAAUUCCUCAAGAAAUUGGACGUUUAAGAAGAUUGAAAAUAUUACAACUGGCCAAUAACUCCAUCAGUGGUGAAAUUCCUUCCAAUUUGUCAAGUUGUUCUGAGCUUACAUUUGUUCAUAUGAGAGGCAACCAGAUAACUGGAGAGAUACCCGGUUUGCUUGGUCUAUUGUCAAACCUGAAUGCGUUAAACUUAGCCAACAACAGUUUAAGAGGGAGUAUCCCUCCUUCCUUGGGGAACUUGUCAUCUCUGGAGAAGCUUUCUUUGGGUGGGAAUCGUCUAAGUGGGACAGUACCUGAAGCUCUUGGGCAAUUGACAAAUCUUUCAUUUUUCUCUGUAUCAGUAAAUGCAAUUUCUGGUAUUGUUCCUAACUCAAUUUUCAAUCUCUCCAAUAUGAUAGUUUUUGAUAUUGGUGAAAACAUGAUUCAAGGUAAUCUUCCUUCUGACUUAGGAAUCACUAUGCCGUAUAUUGAAAUCUUUUCCAUUUGGCAAAACCAAAUCACUGGACAAUGCCCGAGUUCAAUAUCCAAUGCCUCAAAUCUCAUGGUCUUUCAACUUACACAAAACAAACUUAGUGGAAACUUGCCUUCAUUUGAAAAGCUGAAAAAAUUAUCACGAUUGCGCAUAUCCAGAAACCAUUUUGGAAAUGGGGGUGCAAGUGACUUAAACUUCCUUUGUUCUUUAACCAAUACUACCAAACUGGCAAGUCUAGACAUAGGCAAAAAUAAUCUUGGAGGAGAAUUACCCGAGUGCAUUAGUAAUUUGUCUAUCACUAUUUCGUUUUUAGUAAUGCAAGAAAACAAAAUAUGGGGAAGAAUACCAGCUGGGAUUGGAAAUCUCAUCAAUUUGGAAGUGCUAGGGAUAUCAGAAAAUCAGCUAUCAGGUUCCAUUCCCCUUUCUAUUGGGAGGCUUCAAAAGCUAAAGGUAUUUUAUGCUUUUGAAAAUUAUUUUCUCUCUGGGGCAAUUCCCUCUUCUAUUGGAAAUUUGACAAUGUUAAUCAGGCUUGCUCUAGAUCGUAACAAUCUUCAAGGCAACAUUCCAUCAAGUCUAGGUAAGUGCGAAAAUUUGGCAGCGUUGGAUCUUGGUUAUAACAAUCUUACCGGAUCAAUACCCCCUGAAGUAAUUGGACUCUCAUCUUUGUCCAUUGGAGUAGACUUAUCAUCCAACUAUUUAACUGGUGUGCUUCCUGUUGAAGUAGGAAAUCUGAGAAAUCUAGGUAAUUUGGUUGUUUCUCAAAACAGGUUAUCUGGUUUACUUCCAAACAAUCUUGGUAGCUGUGUAUCAUUGGAGUACCUGUUCUUGGAUGGCAAUUUGUUUGAAGGGCCCAUUCCUUCGUCUUUGAGAUUAUUGAAAGGUCUUGUGGCAUUAGACAUAUCUGACAAUAAUCUUACUGGUGAGAUUCCAGAAUUUCUUCAGAGCUUUCGGUCAUUAGAGUAUUUAAAUCUAUCUUUCAAUGAUUUUGAGGGUAUGGUACCAAUUGAAGGAGUCUUUAAGAAUGCAACUGCUACAUUCGUUGAGGGAAACAGCAAGCUUUGUGGAGGCAUCCCUGAGUUACACUUGUCCAGAUGCAACUUGAAAGCAUCCGCCAGAAGAUCAAACACUUCUUUCAAAUUAAAAAUUACAAUUGUUUUUGUGAUUUUAGGAGUGACCUUGGUAUUCUCAUUUUUCAUCAUUUGGUGGUUUAGAAAGAAGAAAGAGCAGCCAACAGCAACUUGUGAAGAAAAUUCACUUUUACAUUUAUCAUACCAAAGCAUACUAAGGGCUACUGAUGGAUUCUCCUUGCAAAAUUUGGUUGGUUCAGGUAACUUCGGUUCUGUAUACAAAGGAGCUCUUGAAGAGAGUGGAGUAGUUAUUGCUGUUAAGGUGCUUAAUCUUCUUACUCAUGGAGCUUCCAGAAGCUUCUUAGCUGAAUGUGAGGCCUUGAGGAACAUUAGACACCGGAAUCUUGUCAAGGUAUUAACAGCAAUUUCAGGUAUUGAUUAUCAAGGCAAUGAUUUUAAAGCAUUGGUUUAUCAAUUCAUGGUAAACGGAAGCUUGGAGGAUUGGCUGCAUCCAUCUGUUGGCAUGAACGAGCAGGAGACGGUGAGAAACCUGAAUUUCUUCCAAAGAGUAAAUGUGGCAGUAGAUGUUGCUCAUGCACUGGAGUAUCUGCACCAUCAUUGCGAUACUCCAAUUAUUCAUUGUGACCUCAAGCCAAGCAAUAUUCUACUUGAUGAGGAAAUGGUUGGCCAUAUAAGUGACUUUGGCUUAGCAAAAAUCCUUUCUGCUGACAGGCUUAACAAUUCUACUACUCAGUCAAGCUCCCUCGGAUUAAGAGGAACUAUUGGUUAUGCUCCACCAGAAUAUGGGAUGGGUAGUGAGUUGUCAACUAAAGGUGAUGUUUAUAGUUAUGGCAUCCUUGUGCUUGAGAUGUUUACGGGCAAAAGGCCGACUAACGAAAUGUUCAAAGAUGGUUUCAACCUUCACAACUUUGUUGUGGCAGCUUUGCCUGAACGAGUGAUUGAGAUUAUAGAUCCCAUUCUUCUUGAAGAGCGAGUCAAACAAGGAAAUGACAGACAUUUUCAAUUCUUGAAUUCAAUAUUUGAAAUAGGUGUCACUUGUUCUGCUGAAUUCCCAAGUGAGCGGAUGAACAUGAGUGAUGUUGUUACCAAGCUUUGUUCCAUUAGAGACAAGCUUCAUCCAACUCGAUUACAUCAUGAGGGCCAAACUUCAUAUGCUGCUCAAUCAGCAGGUAUCUGAGGAGCCAUAUCAAUGGCCUUGAAAGGCUUAAGCGAGGCAAAGUACUGUC